AUGGCACGUUUGAACAAAAUUGUCCUGGGAGCAUCUUCCAUGUCUGUCAGCCUGCUUCUAACACCUGUUGUGGUCGCCCUGUGCAGACGAAAAAGCACACGACUCCUGGCCGUCCUGGGUGGCCUGGUGUGCGCCUUGGGUUGUCUCUUCACUUCUUUCUCCACCCAGUUCCACCAGCUCUUCUUCAGUUACGGCAUCAUCCUGGGGGUCGGAUCGUGCCUGGCGAGAGCUACAUCUUCCAUCAUGGUGGGACAGUACUUCAAGAAAAAGAGGGAGCUCUUGGAGGUGUUCGUGAUCGUCGGAACGGGAAUGGGUUUAAUGGCGAUGCCCCUUCUGAUGAUGCAUUUUGUGAGCAAUCUGGGGUGGCGCUUGGGACUUCAAGCCAUCACAGGGUUGACCUCCUUGACGUUCAUCUUGGGCAUCUUUUACCGUCCAGCCUCUCUGUAUCACCCUCAGCGUCGCGCCAUCCUCCACCUCAAAGGGUUGCAGAAGCGAUCGAAGGCCAAGGACAAAGCGGCGCAGAAAGAAAAACCACCUUUUUUUGACUUCGCGGUCCUGCGCUCCAGGACUGUUCAGAUCUUGAUCUCUGGGACAGCCUUGUCUUCCUUCGGUGUCCACGCCCCUCUUAUUUUGUUGAUGUACCAAGGAAAACAAGAAGGACUGGACGGCUAUUCAUUACUCCUUAUACAAACCUAUCUAGGUCUAGGCUCUUGCCUAGGCACUGCCGCCUUAGGCUUCAUCGUCGUCAAGAACAGCAUGCAGUGCCUCAUAGCCAAGCAGUACCUGCUGCAGGCCUCUACACUCCUCAUGGGUGCUUCAUUAUUGGCCUUCAUUUCUUUGAGAGACUAUAGCGGAUACGUCCUCUUCGUCUGCAUAUAUGGUUUCUUCUAUGGUGGAUAUCAGUACUCCCUGAAGACUUUCACUUUUGAAAAAGUCAGGGCGAGGAAUUUUGCAAGAGCUUGGAGUUUCGUGCAAUGUAGUCAGGCUAUACCCAUGAUCAUUGGGCUGCCGCUGACAGGUUAUUUGAAUGCCAACAGCGGUGGCCGAGUGGGCUUCUAUUUUGCUUCGGCUUGUAUUUGUGCCGGUGGCGUCUUGCUGUUCCUAAUAGACGUGCACAAGCGUAACGUCAAGCGUCAGAAGAGUGCUACACUAAAUUCCAACUACGAUCCGACCGAAAGUGAGCGAAAAGAACGCAAAGCGGCUUACUACGCGAGGCGCGUGUCUCUCCAAGAGCUCGCCAACGCGAGAAUGCUCGCCAAGCAGCACAUCGCCAAUGAGUUGCUGCACAAGCAGGAGCUUACGUGUAUUUCCGAAGAAGCCAUUAUGGAGAACUUUCUGGACGACUACGUCGAUGACUGUAUCACCUCCUGUAAUAAAGAGGAGAAGUACCUCAUGCUGAGUGAGUUCGAAAACAACUUGAUAAACACUCAAGAAUCUUCGAGUGUCAGUCAAGAAGUUCGAAAACUCGCCAAGGAGCGUAAAGUAUCCACCGUGACUCCUCCUUGCCUGGAACAGUGCCCUAAUUGCUUUCGAGUCGUUGCGAUAGAUGGCAGCACGAGUCUUGAGAAAACUCAUGUGUCUCGGUCGUCUGCGAAGAAGCUGACUGCUUCGAGGAGAAAAGAUAACAAAACUUCAGAUUGCCACGAAAUUCUAAAUCAAGUCACAUCAACUUUAUAA